AUGCACCAUGGCGCGCGAGCCGCCACCAUCUCGGUGGCAGAUAUUAUUUCACAAAUGGGAAAGGAUGCAGGCCUCAACGGAGAGGAACUUGGCCCUCGGACUGUUCAGACUGUGCACCUUGGGCUCUCGCGAUUGGAAGUAAAUGGCCUUAUACAAAUGCUUGACUCGAAACUGGAAUUUCUCUCGUUGACCGACAAAUUCAAGACGUUAAUCCAACAGUUAUCAGACAUGUAUAAAGAACACUUACCGCUCAUACAAAAUUUGGACUCCCUCUCUAGAAGCAGAAUUCAAUGUGCUUUUUUCCGCUCAAAGUUCCGUACGCGGGCGUUUAAGAAGCAGGCGACUCGUCGAGAGCUGGAGUGCGAAAACAAGAAAAUCAAGCUUGACCGCGAGGAACACAGAAAAGUCUGCCCUCUGACAAAAACCCGAGCACCAAGCGUUUUCUCAGAAGCGACAGAGAUGUUUGAAGAGACUAGUAAAGUGACCGUUCCAUUAGGUUCAAACGACGACAACGUGUAUGUCCAUGACAUUCUGAUGAACAAAGGAUCUCAUCCGAUUGUGUUGCUGCCUCGCACGCCUGCUCGUUCCGGAACACUCAACAACCCGGAGGCCUAUCCAAGUCCCCAGUCGGCACCCAGGCAAACGUCGUCAGCACCAUCUACAUCCUACCUAACACCAAGCCGAAGCACAUCAGCACCUGCACCUGCACUUGCAGAAGAGAUUGGAACAGACGAAGACGAGGAAAUGGAAGUAACCAUAGAACUUCAAGAACCAUUCGAUACCCCAUUUGCUUCCGAUGCUCCUGCUGUAGAUUCCUUGUCACCGCUGGACCCAGCUUUGACAGAACAGGCAAGUCAGCGGAUAGUUCAGCAGCACCAGAUCAAAGAACAAGCGCGAAUGAAAUCACGCAGAAGGUCCAGGUUGUUUGUUCGAUAUCGUCACACCCUUGAACGUAAGAGAUGGUGGCGCGCUCUCGAAUGCUCUCGUCGAGAAUAUGAGCAACUCAAGAAGGAGUCGGAACUUCGCGAGCGUCAGUUAACUCAACGUCAUUACGAGGAACUACGAAACGUACAAAACGGACAUGAGGCCGCACUCAGAGAAUUGGACCGCCGACAUGCAGAGGAGAAGAAGGAACUUGAGAAUGCCAACGAUGAAUUGAGGCGAAGAGUCACCUGUCAACAGCACUGUCGGUCUUGA